CCGCCAUGUUGAUGCCCUAUCGCCGGCCUUAACAACCGGCUAGGCAGUGGAGUCUUCAGUACAGUUUUGUGUUAGACUAGUUCCAGAAUGUGUUCAGCUUAUGUUAAAAGCCUCGCACCUACCGAGCAAGAACAAUACAUUAAAAAAAUUGAACUUUUAUGCAUUGAAGAUCCGUAUCUUCUUAGUGAUCAGCGUCAACUUGUAGAUGAUUUCUGUAUUUGGCCAAAAAUUGAAAACAUGGACAUAGUGAACUAUUUAGUGUUUUCGACCAACAAAGUGACACAGGAACAGAUGAGAAACUAUAAAAGCCUGAAGUCCUAUGUAUACUUUACGGAUGGGCUUGUGUCCCAAAUAAAAUGCAGAGAAUUUGGAAGCAAAGUCGUCGUUGUUGCCAAAGUCAAGCAUUCACUGCUGUGGACAAGGUGUGGUUGAGAUAAAGUGUCCUUCAUGCACUAAGGAGAAAAUGUUGAGUGACAUAUCCAAUAAGGAGGCCAAAAACCUUGGUCUGGGACCAAAUAAACAAUUAAGUAGCACACACCGCUACUACUAUCAAAUCCAGACCCAAAUGGCAGCUACCAAGUCUUCAUAUGCUGAUUUUGUCACAUGGACAACAAAAGAUGUUCACAUAGAAAGAAUUUGUUUUG